GUUACGAUAAAUAUGAAUAUCACUCUCAAUCAGUUUCUAAGCAUUAAAAAAAUAAAAAUUAGAACAACAAAUUAAAGAAUUAUGUCAUAUUCCCUAAAUAUUUCAAAUUAUAUCCAAAACAGGCUAAAUGUGGUAAGAUCUGAAAAUAUGAGUUUUUUUUUUUUUGUUUUUGUUUUUGUUACAGAGUGGGUAAGGGAAAGGAAAUAGGGAAGGGGAUUACAACGUGAGGAUUCGAACUCUCACCAACAAGGUGAAAGUUCAGAUAGCCAACUAACUGAGCUACUAAGAUCCCUAUCUGAAUAAUAAGUUCAUUUUGAUUAUAAUAGCUUGCACCAAGUGACAUAUAGGGUAAAACUUCUUUAUUGAUUAGGGUUUUAAAAUAAAGAUAUCAUUUUUGCCAAAUUUAGCAAAACGUCCAACUAACUAAUUCACCCCGAAAAUCCUCCUAAUAUUCAUGCAAGUUAUAUUUGUCUUCUAUUUUUGGAAACUUUCCUCAACUCCAUGAAACUAUAAAUAACCUUAAUAUAUAAUCUUCUUUUCCAUCAUACAAUUAACUACUACUAUCAAAUACAUUGUCUAGCUCUACGUGCAUACAAAUGACUAAUUUUACUAGGAUCAUAAGCUCUUUCUUUGCCUUAUUGUUGUUCCUAGUUCUUGCUUGUGCAGCUAGGCCAGUUCCAGGAAGAAGUGGUAGAGGAUUUCUUAGAACAAAUGGUGCUCAUUUUGUAGUAAAGGGAUCACCUUUCCUCUUCAAUGGUUUCAACUCUUAUUGGCUAAUGCGCGUAGCAGCUGAUCCAAGUGAAAGAUACAAAGUCUCUGAGGUAUUUCAAGAAGCCUCUGCUGCUAGCCUUUCUGUCUGUCGAACUUGGGCAUUCAGUGAUGGAGGAGACACUGCAUUACAACUAUCACCUGGUGUAUAUGAUGAACGUGUUUUUCAGGGAUUGGACUUUGUGAUCUCGGAAUCAAGAAAGUAUGGGAUUCGCUUGAUAUUGAGCUUUGUCAACAACUACAAAGAUUUUGGGGGAAGACCUCAAUAUGCUCAAUGGGCAAGAAAUGCAGGAGUCCAGAUUAAAAGUGAAGAUGACUUCUACACUCAUCCAGUUCUCAAAGAUUAUUACAAGAAUCAUGUUAGGAAAGUUGUAACAAGGUUCAAUACCAUCACUGGAAUGGCUUAUAAGGAUGAUCCAACCAUCAUGGCAUGGGAACUCAUAAAUGAGCCUCGUUGUCAGGCUGAUUAUUCUGGAAAAACAGUAAAAGGUUGGGUUCAAGAAAUGGCAAGUUUUGUGAAAUCAAUAGAUAAGAAGCACUUGUCGGAAAUAGGAAUGGAGGGAUUUUAUGGCGAUUCGAUGCCUGAAAGAAAACAAUUUAAUCCUGGUUAUCAAGUUGGAACAGACUUCAUUAGUAGCCAUCUCAUCGAAGAGAUUGAUUUUGCCACUAUCCAUGCUUAUACAGACCAAUGGUUAUCAGGACAAAAUGAUGAUGCUCAAAUGGCAUUCAUGCAAAGGUGGAUAACAAGUCAUUGGGAAGAUUCAAGUAGAGUAUUGAAGAAGCCGUUGGUGCUAGCUGAAUUUGGAAAGUCUAGCAAAGAUCCAGGAUACAAUCUAAAUGCAAGAGACACAUUCAUGAGCAGUGUAUACAGAAAUGUUUAUAGUUAUGCAAAAUAUGGGGGAACAAUGGGAGGUAGCUUAUUGUGGCAACUUGCAGCACAAGGGAUGGAGAAUUAUGAUGAUGGUUACUCAAUUAUCUUAGCACAAAAUCCAUCUACUGCUGGAAUUAUCUCUGGCCAAUCACAUGCCAUGACCACGUUAGCUCAUUUGCUUAAUGAUGACCAUCAAGUUGUGGAGAAUAAUGACCAGCAAAUUACCAUCAACUUUAAAGAGAAUCCAGGUGACACUGGAACAUACAUUACUUCUGUUUAUGCUAAGUGCACUGCUUUGGAAAGGAUUGAUCUUUGGGAGAGCAUCACUAACAUGACUAACAAUAUAAAUGGUCCAUGGUGUAUGGGAGGUGACUUCAAUGUUAUCAUGGAUCAAGAUGAGAAGUUGGGAGGAAAUCCACACAGAACUUACAAGAGUAUUGAGUUCAUAAACUGCAUGGAAUCUUGUUGUCUUAGUGAUGUGGGAUUUACAGGUCCAAGGUAUACCUGGUGCAAUAAUUGGAGGCCAAGCAAACGAGUGUGGAAAAGGUUGGAUAGAUUUCUAAUCAAUGAUGAAUGGGCUAUCAAGUUCCAAAACAAUAUGGUGGAACAUCUUCCCAGGACAAGUUCUUAUCACAGACCUUUGGUUUUUAAAUGCAACAGUGACCAACACAACAAUAUCAAGUACUUUAAGUUCCUGAACUGUUGGGUCGGUCAAGAUGAUUUCAUGGAAGUUGUCAAGGAAUCCUGGAAUAUUACAGUUAAGGGCAAUGCUGUGUGGAGACUACAAUGUAAACUCAAGAAUCUGAGCAGACAACUCAGCUGCUGGUCAAGAAAUAGUAUCGGAGACAUUCAUGAAAAUGUUAGCACUUGGGAGGCUAAAAUAGAACUUCUGGAAAACUGUGACAUCUUGCAAAAUACUGAUCAUAGUAGGGAGAAGCUAAAUAAAGGAUAUGCUGAGUACAUAAGGUGGUUGAACCUGCAGGAUAAUCUCUUAAAACAGAAAACUCGACUCACAUGGUUCAAAGAUGGUGAUAAAAACACCAAGUAUUUCCACAGUGUGCUAAGGAACAAAAGAAGAAGGCUUCAGAUCCAGAGGAUCAAAAAUCACAAGGGCAGAUGGAUACAAGGGGAAGAAAAGAUUGUUAAAGCUGCUAUCAGACAUUUUAAGAAGCAAUUCAACCUUAAUCAUCAACAGAGAACCAAUAGUGUGUUGGAUUGUAUCCCUCACAUCAUCACUGAGGAACACAAUGCUAGACUAACUAGGAUACCUUGCAAAGAGGAAAUUAAAAAUGCGGUUUUUGGCAUGAGCAGUGAGAGUUCAGCAGGUCCUGAUGGUUUCAAUGGCAAGUUCUUUCAGGUAUGUUGGGACAUUAUAGAGGAUGAUAUUUAUGCUUUUGUCAAUGAAUUUUUCUUGGGAAAGAACCUCACCAAAUUUUAUACUCAUACUUGUUUGGCUCUGAUCCCUAAGAUAGACUCGCCUAAUAGCUUUUCUGAUCUCAAGCCUAUAAGUUUGAGCAACUUCUCCAACAAAAUCAUUUCCAAAAUUUUAGCCAAUAGAUUAAAUCCCUUACUUCCUGCUCUUAUUUCUGAGAAUCAAAGUGGUUUCAUUUCUGCUAGACUUAUCACAGAUAAUGUGAUGUUGACACAAGAAAUUGUCCACAAUAUUUCAAAGAAUAACAAAGGGGGGAAUGUUAUUAAGCUUGAUAUGGCUAAAGCCUAUGAUAGGCUGUCUUGGACUUUUUUGAAAGAUGUUUUAAAAAACAUUGGCUUCAAUAAUAUAUGGAUUGAUCUUAUCUGGAGGAGUAUUUCUAAUGUGUGGUAUUCCAUUAUAGUAAAUGGUUCUAGGCAUGGUUUCUUUACUUCUUCUCAUGGUUUAAAACAGGGAGACCCUAUUUCCCAUUCACUGUUUGUGCUAGCUGCUGAAGUUUUGUCAAGAUCACUCAAUAAUCUACUUUUGAAUCCUAAUUUCAUCCCCUUCACCAUGAACAUAAAUGGACCCCAAAUUACUCACCUUGCUUAUGCUGAUGACAUUGUCAUAUUCAGUAGUGGGAACAGCAAAUCUGUCAAACUGGUCAUGAAGCAAAUUGUUAAGUAUGAGAGGGUCUCUGGACAAUUGGUUAAUCUUGAUAAAAGUUGUUUUCUAACUUGUCCAAAAACUUGUGCUUAUAGAAUCAACAGAUUAAGAAAGUGUACUAGUUUCAUGGACAAAGAAUUCCCUUUUACUUACCUUGGGUGCCCCAUAUACAUUGGAAAGAAGAAAAUUAGUUACUUUGAUAGUAUGGUGACUAAAGUUUUUAAAAGGCUAAAUGGUUGGCAAGGAAACAUGCUAUCUUGUGGGGGUAGACAGAUUCUAAUCAAAAGUGUGAUCCAAGCUCUUCCUACUUAUAUUCUUAGUGCCAUUAAUCCUCCAAAAAGAACUUUGGAACUUAUUGAAAAACAUAUGUGUAACUUUUUUUGGGGGACUGAUAAUGGUAAAAACAAGUACCACUGGUGUGAUUGGGAUAAGCUUUGUUUCCCCAAAGAUGAAUCUGGUAUUGGCAUCAGGAAUAUGAUGGAUAUCUCAAAUACUCUUGCUGUUAAGAGAUGGUGGAGAUUUAGAUCAAUGAAUUCACUGUGGGCUGAUUUUCUAAAGGCAAAAUAUUGCAUUAGAAAACAUCAUGUUGCUAAGAAAUGGGUUCCUGGUGACUCUCAAGCAUGGAAACAUUUGCUAUGGGCAAGAGACAAAAGUGAAAAGUGCAUUAACAGGAAAAUCAACUCUAGAGAUUGUAAUUUUUGGUGGGAUGACUGGACAGGAAUGGGCCCUUUAGCUCAAAUAUGCCCUGACUUCAUGAUUGGUAAUGGACAAAGGAUCAAGGUGAGAGAUUUUAUGAACAAUAAUAGGUGGAAUAUUCAGAAGCUCUACAACACCAUGCCAGGUCACAUUGUUUUUUUCAUUAGUUCUGUUGGUAUUGGGGAUGUGAAUGACAUGGAUUAUGCAGUGUGGAAGGCUACUGAUAAUGGUCGAUAUUCAAAUAAAUCUGCUUGGACCAUUAUUAGAAGUCUUAGACAAAAAGCACCUUUGAUUACUAAAAUCUGGCAUAAUGCAGUGCCCUUCAAGAUCUCUUUCCUUAGUUGGAGAUUGUUACACAACAAAUUACCUUUCAAAGAUGUUGUAGCUAAAUUCGGUAAACAAGGCUUCAAAGACUGUAUAUGUUGCAUCUCACCACAAGAUGAAACACCUCAACAUGCUUUUAUUGAAGGAAAGGUUGCUCAUCAUCUGUGGAACAAAAUUGGUGCCCCUUUGGGCUUUAAACAUCACAAUAUUCCUUUCAGAGGUUUACCUGAAGAAUGGUGGAAUAGAAAAGCCAAAAACAAGGUCCACAAAUUUACUAUGCAGAUUGCUCUGAUGAUGAUAUUGUGGGAGAUAUGGAAAGCUUGGAGUUCUUGCAGAUUUGGGGAACAAAAGAAGUUUGAUUUAUACAAGAUGGAAAUGCAAAUCACCUGGAACAUGAAAGCUGCAAUAACUGUUGCAUAUCCCAACAUCAAUGUAGAAGGCAACUAG